AUGGCUCCAAUGUUAUUGACCCGCACCGCCCAGGUCCUGGUACCUGUUGCUGGCCAAGUAAUGAGUGUUCUCAUUACGAUGGUUGCCCUCACUGCCAUCACGUCGUUUAUCACUCAAAGAACACUAGCCAUCAAGGUCUGGGGGAGACUUCCCUACAUCGUCUGGCUUGUGUUCGCUAUCAACAUUGAUUCGUAUCUAUUCGUCUUUACAACAGCUUUGCUACAGCAUGCUUUUGGUGUCAAUUACAGUAAACAGUUGUGCGAGGGAGCUAUUUUACUUUGCCUUGCCUGUUAUGUCACAACCAAGUUAAUUUAUCUCUUCCUGGUGGAGAAAGCCCACAUUAUCCGCGGCACGACGAAGAAGCGACUGAAAUCCAAGCUAUACUUGUUCAACUCUUUCGGUAUCAUGAGCGUCUUCAUCAUUGUCAUUAUAUUAAAUUUCAUCUACCGAAUCGUACGAAUGGAACAAGGCCAAUGCUUUAUCGGGAUGGAAGGUGUCGGUAUUAUACCGCUCAUCACAUUCGACUCCCUUGCCAACACCUACCUGACCCUUCUGUUCCUCGUCCCGCUAAGGAAAAUCUACAAGUUCAGGAAACUGGCACGAACCCAAGCAAAUCAUCACCUCCAAAAUGUCGCCCUCCGAACGUUUAUCGGAGCGCUCUGCACUCUCAUCAGUAGCGUCACAAACCUUACCGUGCUGAUGGCGUUAAACGGAGAGCCGGGCUGGGUCUGCCUCAUGUGCUGCAACUGUGACGCCACGUGGAUAUCUCGAGAUGGCCUACCAAUCCCCCCAUUCCCCAAUUGGAAGCAAGUCAGCGGCCGGGCUAAUCAGUCCUCACUUGUAGUCCUCUUCUCAGCUGCCGUCAUCCACUGGGUCACGUCCAAGGACAACGCCGGCACCUCGGGCAGCCUCUCGUCCCACGGCGGCGCUGGCAACGGCGGCUGCCCCGAGAACGGCGGCACCCCUCCCCGAAGGCACAACGGCCAGAGCGGCUCCGACACCGAGCCCCCGCCCUCCUCGACCACCAUGGACGAGAUCGCCCUCGUCACGGCGGCCAGGCCGAGCAGCCGCCGCCACUCCGACCUCGACGACGACUUCGACGACGAGUCCUGCAGCCAGGCCGACGCCGUGCUCUCCAAGGCCGCCAACCCCAAGGGCACCGUCGUCGUCACCACCACCAUCAAACGCGAGAGCAGGCCCAACGGCGCCGGCAACAAACCCCUCAGCGGCGGGAGCAUAUCUAUCGGCGACAACUGCUACCAGCACUCGCCCCGGACGACGAUGGUCAGGGGAGGAGACGGGUUCUCCAACCCGCAGACGAGGAUCAGCGGAGGGUCACCCCAGAGCCAACGCUGA